UAUGCAAAAAAGGAAUCUGAUCUUAAUGGAGCCCAAGUAAAACUUAAAGAGUUUGAAGCAUCCCUCAAUUCUAAAGAAGCUGCACUGGCCACAGCCCUUGGUGAUAAGAAAAGUCUGGAGGGAGAAAUUGAGGAUUUAAGAGAUCAAGUUGCACAGCUUGAAGUUUCUUUAGCUGCUGCCAAGGAACAGCUUGGAAAUGAAACUUUACUGAAGGUGGAUCUUGAAAACCGUUGUCAGAGUCUCAUUGAGGACUUGGAAUUCCGUAAAAAUAUGUAUGAGGAGGAAAUCAAUGAAACAAGAAGGAAACAUGAAACUCGCUUAAUUGAGGUUGAUUCUGGGCGUCAGAUUGAAUACGAACAUAAACUGGCCCAAGCCCUUCGUGAAAUAAGAGAGCAGCAUGAUGCACAAGUGAAGCUAUACAAAGAAGAGCUUGAACAGACUUACCAUGCCAAACUUGAGCAUGCUAGACUGUCUUCCGAGAUGAGCAAUUCUACAGCCAACUCAGUGAGGGAAGAACUGAAUGAAAGUCGCAUGCGAAUUGAUAAUCUGUCUUCCCAUCUUGCCAGCCUUCAGAAAGAGUCUAGAGCAUGGCAAGAUAGAGUGCAAGAGCUUGAGGACAGCUUGGCUAAGGAACGGGAAAACUAUCGCAAAAUACUGUCUGAGAAAGAGAAGGAAAUGGCAGAGAUAAGAAAUCAGAUGCAGGAGCAACUGAGUGACUACGAACAACUUCUGGAUGUUAAACUGGCACUUGAUAUGGAAAUCAAUGCAUACCGGAAAUUGCUGGAAGGUGAAGAGGAGAGGUUGAAACUUUCUCCAAGCCCAUCUUCCCGAGUGACAGUUUCACGGGCUUCGUCGAGCCGUAGUGUGCGUACAACCAGAGGGAAGAGGAAGAGGAUUGAUGUGGAGGAAUCUGAAGCCAGCAGUAGUGUUAGCAUUUCCCACUCAGCUUCUGCCACUGGAAAUGUCUCUAUUGAGGAGAUAGACGUUGACGGAAAAUUCAUCCGCUUGAAGAACACCUCUGAACAGGAUCAACCUAUGGGAGGUUGGGAGAUGAUCCGAAAAAUAGGAGACACUUCUGCUAGUUACAGAUAUACCUCAAGAUACAUACUAAAGGCAGGCCAAACUGUUACAAUCUGGGCUGCAAAUGCUGGAGUAACUGCUAGCCCUCCCACUGACCUCAUCUGGAAGAACCAGAAUUCUUGGGGCACUGGUGAAGAUGUGAAAGUUGUACUGAAAAAUUCUCAGGGAGAGGAGGUUGCUCAGAGAAGCACUGUCUUUAGAACAACUAUACGUGAAGGGGAAGAGGAGGAAACUGAGGAAGAAGCAGCUGAAAUUGUGGAGGAACAAGACCUUUACCACCAGCAGGCAGGCCCAAAGACAUCUAACAGAAGCUGUGUGAUCAUGUAA